CCCGUUUCAUCCCAACCCACUGACCGUCGACGAUUUGCGCUGCGUCCAUCCUGAGCCAACGAAAUCCCCGCCCGCGCGGAAGAACCGAUUUAUUUGCUUCACGCGCUGCUGACUGGUGGUGGUGAACGGGGGUUCUGUUUUGAAUGAGGAAAACACUGUCUAUCAAGCGUCACAUGCUGGGGCCGCGGAAUAUCGCUUCCUGAAAUGAUCUUCGUCGUUGGUUCAUCUUAUUUUUCCCCUGAUGUUUUUGCAACGCUAGAUUCUGUCAUUUAACAUUCAUACCGCAAUGAUAAGCAAAGUUAAAAACGCGAUGUCCACGCUGGUGGGAGGAAUGAUGCCACACGGCCACCACCAUCAGCACGGCUCUGGGAACGUUCAAAACUGCGGUCCGGACGGUCUACCUCCACGGUUUCCCUACGGUCGACCCGACUUUCUAGACCUAACCCAGGAGCUCCUCCAAUACUCGACGGAACAUGCUACGCGACCAGUGCUCACGUUAAAAACGGACAGCAGGCUUCCUUGGCGGACGGGAUACGCAGAGGUGAUCAACGCAGGGAAGAGCAUGCUGAACGAGGACCAGGCUUGCUGUGAGAAGCUGCUGAUCAGGAAGACCAGCGGCAAGCAGCGCAACUCCACCAUGCUGGAGGACAACGGGGACGGAACGGGGAUCCCCAUGUUCUACUGGGGCGUGUUCGACGGCCACGCGGGCUCCGGCGCGGCCAUCGUGGCUUCCAAACUCCUCCACCGCCUGAUCAGGGACCGGCUGGGCGACAUCGCCCACCUGCUGGAGAACCCCACCGCUGCUCCCCCAAUCUGCCUGGCCAAGAACGGUAGCCCCUACCAGGCGGACGUGAAGAAGGGUGCGGGCCAGGGCUCGGCGGAGGAUGGCGACGGGGUCAGCGACGCCACCAUCCGCUUCCACAUGGAGAAGACGGUUAGUCUGGAGAGCCUGGUGAUGGGAGUCAUAGAGAACGCCUUCAAGCAGAUGGAUGAGCUGAUAGAGAAGGAGAAGGCCUCCUAUGCCAUCUCAGGGGGUUGCUGUGCCCUGGCUGCUGUUCAUCUGAUGGGGAAGCUGUACGUCGCCAAUGCAGGAGACAGCAGAGCCAUAAUAAUCCGCAAUGAUGAGGUAAUCCCGAUGUCCAACGAGUUUACUCCAGAAUCAGAGAGGCAGCGUCUGCAGUACCUGGGCUUCCUUAGGCCUGAGCUGCUGGGUAAUGACUUCACACACAUGGAGUUCCCCAGGAGGAUCCAACACAAGGAGCUGGGCAAGAAGAUGCUGUUCAGAGACCACACCAUGACCGGCUGGGCCUACAAGACCAUCGUGGAAGACGACCUGAAGUUUCCUCUCAUAUACGGAGAAGGAAAGAAGGCUCGUGUCAUGGCCACCAUCGGAGUUACGCGAGGUCUGGGAGAUCAUGACCUGAAGGUGUUUAACUCCAACAUCCACAUCAAGCCCUUCCUCUCCUGCUGUCCUGAGGUGAAGGUGUACGACUUGUCUGACUACAAGCAUGGCCCCGAUGACGUCCUGGUCAUGGGCACAGAUGGAUUGUGGGACGUGACCACUGACAGGGAUGCUGCUGAUGCCGUGUCUGGCUUUCUGGCCUGCUGCGACCCCACCGACCCCCUGAGGUACACACUGGCUGCCCAAGACCUGCUGAUGAGGUCACGCGGCGUGCUGAAGGAGCGGGGCUGGAGGCUGCCCAAUGACAGACUGGGCUCGGGCGAUGACAUCACCGUGUUUGUGAUCCCGCUGGCGGAACACGAGGUGGCGGAGACAUGACAGGUCGCCCUGACAACCUAGAGAGGACAAACCCGCCGCGCUCGGAGGACGGUGCUCAACGCCGCCCCCCCAUCACCACCUCGCCGCCCCCCGCCCAUACCCCCUCCGUAGCGUUGGACAAGGGGGAGUGAAGACGACACUUCCCUCAUGGGGAAGCCAACCGCUUGGCCCCCAACCUCCUCUGGCCCCCCUCCUCCACCUUCCCCCCCCUCCGGUCUGCCCCCCCAACCUCCUCCCCCCGGCCUGCCCCCUUCCCCAACCUCCCCCAGGCUCCCUCCAAACAUCUUCCUGUUUGAGAUUCAUGGAACCGGCCCUCCUAUGGCAUAACCUCUCCCCAGCCUCCAGACCAGCUGGGUGUUGAGGAGCAGCUGUACAACGAGACAAAAGCCCCUGUAGUGUCGUAGAUCUACCGUGCAUCGCUCCCUCAGAGAGAUCUCACUUCAGGAUCUUUACCUAGUGAGAACGUUGUUUUAGUGGCUGGAAAAGGAACUGGAAGAAAGCCAGGAGUAAGAAUGUGAAAGCAGAUGAUUAUGUUUAUGUUAUUUAUUUAUGGAUGUGGAGGGCAUAGAAAACAAAGAUUGUGAGCUUGAAGUUCUACUUUGGCCGUCGUUCAGCAGCUUGAUGUCUGACCGUUGUGAAGCGCUGGAAUGUGCUGCAUCAUGAAACCUCCCCUGUUGGAGACCAAACGGUUCACAUUUAACGAAACAGGACGAAUAACAGAACGCACUUUACUUAACUGUCUUAUUGGUUCUUUUUUAUGUUUAUUUUUUGGUUCUUUUUUCUUUUUUCAUCAUGUUAAAAAAUGUAUGUUACCUUUAUAAAGGCUACCUUGUUUCUGUUCCAUUUAAAGGUGGAUGAUUGUGUCUGACAAUAAUGUAAACAUGCCUGGAAUCGGACCUAGAGGUGCAUCUCCUGAGGGAGGUGUGCAAUCAAAUGUUGUUUUUGGAUCCCAGAAACAUGCUAGAAAGUUUGCUUGAUCUGUCCGUGUAGCAGAGAUCGAUCUAACGAUAACACUUUGGAUAUAAGCGCUUGCUAAACGAAUACAGAACAGUUUUACCGUAUCCUUCCGCUGAGGCCCAGGAAGACUGUUCUCCGUUUAGUCACGCUUGUUCAGAUCAGAGGUGCAGUUUGAGUUUGGGUUGGUGUUCGUUGGUACAGCAUGACAUGAGCUUCACUCAACUGCCUUAAUAUUCUUAAGGGGUGAAUUAAGAUCUGCGUGCUUUUGUUUUCGUCUUCUCGAAAGCACUCAAGUUUAAUCAUGUUAGAAGUGACCUCAACUGUGUACCUCGAGAUGUUUUAGGUUUCCCUUGUUAAGACGAGGCCUACGUUGUCAUGAGUAGCCUAGCUAUGGUAUCUAGGUCGUCUGUAGCUUUUAAAGCUUGUUUGAUGUUUGAGAAAUAUUUGUUUAUCAUUUAAUUUUUAUUCUAUGUUCAUUAUCAUAUCAUUGUAAGUUUUAGAUAACGACUGACCCGAUUAGGGUAGAGGAAUGUGUACCAAAUUUGAAAUAAAUAUAACUGUCCCUUUUAUUAGAUUUAA